UCACGAGUUUUGAUGGGGAGGCUAGAAUAUGUCUGUUGGUGCCACUAGGAACCCAAAUUUCACCGUCAACCCUUGUCAGCCAAGGAUAUUUACGAAGCAAGAAAUCAACUACUGCGAGAAUGAUGAUUUUCUCGGCUCUGGAGGUUUUGGUAUCGUUUAUCGAUGUUACUUGGCAAACCCUAGAAAAUUAGUUGCGGUUAAAGUUUUCAAAAUGCCACAGAGACUGCAACAAAUGGAAGAGAAGUCUUUCGUUCAGAAAGCAUAUAUAUUGCAACGACUCGUUGACUGCCCGUACAUCGUACGUUUCUUGGGCCUGUGCAUCGACCCUGGACAUUACGCCAUUAUUAUGGAACACGUGGAGUAUGGAGAUUUGGAAAACCUGUUGCUCCAUGCAGUAGAAGAUCAUCCAGCCAUCAAGCAGUGGGACUGUCGCAUUCGCAUGGCUCAAGAAAUCGCUAAAGGGAUGGAAUAUUUACACAGUCUGGAACCACCGAUUAUUCACAGAGACUUGAAGACAAAGAAUGUACUAGUGGGUCACAAGUACUUGUGUAAAAUCAUUGAUUUUGGGCUGGCAAAAGUUCGAAAUAUUUCCACACAAAUAACAGGAAACUGCGUGAAAGGAACAGUAGCAUUUACUGCACCUGAACUAUUUAAUGCGGAAGUUCAAAAGGGCAACGAAAUGAAAAUUGAUGUUUACUCAUAUGCAAUGAUUCUUUGGCAGCUGAAAGAAAUGAAGCAACUCUAUGUUGGUCUUAAGUUUGAAGUCGUACGAAUAAAUGUUCUGGCCGGUCAGAGACCCGCACUAAGUGAUGAUGACUCUAUAAAGGAAUAUAAUGAUGUCAUCGUAUGUUGCUGGGAUACAAAACCCGCAGACAGGCUAAACUUCAAGGAUAUUGUACAUGUGUUGGAUGGAAUCAUGAGCCAAAUGAAUGUUCGUUUGAGAUGUAGUGAUACACCUUCGCCACCUAGGGAAGAUGCUAGAGCAUUAGUGAUCACUAGCCUACUUUUAAGUCACGUGUUCACUUACUUUCUCAUCCGAAUGCGUAAACCUCAUCAGUACCUUCUCCACAACGCCAUUUGCCCAUCUUUCAACUUCUUGUAAACUAAUUUCGGUCUUUCAAGCGAAGAUAUGUUGGCAAAAUUUUGAAACCAAAUGACUCCAGACACAUGCAGCAACAAGAAGAGACGACACGAAAGAAAAUGGGAUGGAAAGCAAGCCAUGUGUCCACCUCUAGCUGCUGCUGUCAAUUUGUAGGAAAGAGCACAAAUUUCAAUGAAUGAGUCAUAAAGUUGCGUCAGAAACAUCCGGUUCAUUGACUUACGUACCAGGAUAUCAGACACGCAAAUGCGCCACAAGUAAUUACUAAUUAAAUGUAUGUACAAUUUUUAGUGUUGAAACAAAUUUUGUAAAUUUAGAAAACUGCAGAGAGA